AGAAGAAGAAGAAGAAGCGAAGAAGAAGAAUCGAGCAGCUCUAGCCUGAGUUAGCUAAAGUUUAGGUAGUUGCAGUGUAUAUUGACAGCAAACUAUAUACUUCAACAUUGAACAUUGAAUAAAAAAUAUAUUAAUAUGUCUGUAUUAGCAACGAGAUGGAAAAACAUACAAUCUAAGAAGUUAUGAAACUGAUGCAGUCGCUUUUAUGUAGGCUUUACAAGCUAGCCUGAGUUAGCUUAGCUUUAGCGGUUUGUUUUGUUUUUGGAAACUUCCUUUUUGAACACAUGAGUGUGUCGCUGGUUGUUAUUCGUCUGGAAAUUGCAGACCAGUCUCCUUUUCCACAAGGUUUUCAGUACUCUGCUGUUGAAGGCAUGUCGGAGGAUGAGCUACACGAGAAGGAGCUAGCUGUAGCUAAACGCACUCUGAGCGGAAAGAGCGAGUCAGACAGAGCCGCUGUCCUGAAUCAGCACAUCGGCAGCAGAGCCAUGGGGGACAUGGUCAUAGAAACCUAUGAGUCCGACACAGGUGGUAAUGAGAUGCCCAGCGCUUUUCAGGAUGCUCGAACUGAGGCAGAGACUUCACAGGAAGCAGAAAGUGGUCCGGACUCUCCCUCCAAGCAGCUUCCUGACCAGAUCUCCUUCUUCAGUGGGAACCCCUCAGUGGAAAUUGUUCAUGGUAUCAUGCACCUGUACAAGACCAAUAAAAUGACAUCACUGACAGAAGAUGUGAGACGCAGUGCGAUGGUGUGCAUCCUGACCGUCCCAGCCACCAUGACAAGCCACGACCUCAUGAAGCUUCUGGCGCCAUUUAAUGAUGUUAUGGAGCAUAUGAAGAUUAUACGUGACUCCACCCCUAAUCAGUACAUGGUUCUGAUUAAAUUCUCUUCCCAGACUGAUGCAGACAGUUUUUACACGGCUUGUAAUGGACGCCAGUUUAACUCCAUUGAGGAAGCAGUGUGCCAACUGGUCUAUGUGGAGCGAGCAGAGGUCAUAAAGUCAGAGGAGGGAGCCAGCCUGCCGGUGAUGGAGCUGACGGAGCUUCCAAAGUGCACCGUGUGCCUAGAAAGAAUGGAUGAAUCUGUCAAUGGCAUUCUCACCACUCUGUGCAACCACAGCUUUCACAGUCAGUGUCUCCAGCGGUGGGAAGAUGCCUCGUGUCCUGUGUGCAGGUACUGUCAAACACCAGAACCAGUUGAAGAAAACAAAUGCUUUGAGUGUGGAGUGCAGGAGAACCUGUGGAUUUGUUUGAUCUGUGGGCACAUAGGUUGUGGUCGUUAUGUGAGUCGGCAUGCCUACAAGCACUUUGAGGAAACCCAACAUACUUAUGCUAUGCAGCUCACAAAUCACCGUGUGUGGGACUAUGCAGGAGAUAACUAUGUGCAUCGGCUAGUAGCCAGUAAGACUGAUGGGAAGAUGGUGCAGUUUGAAUGUGAAGGGGACACCUGCCAAGAGGAAAAAAUAGAUGCACUUCAACUAGAGUACUCAUAUCUCCUGACAAGUCAGCUGGAGUCUCAGAGGAUCUACUGGGAGAAUAAGAUCGUCCAUCUGGAGAAAGAGACCGCUGAGGAGAUCAACAACAUGAAGACAAAGUUUAAAGAGACUUUAGAGCGCUGCGACAACCUGGAGCAGAGAUUAGGAGAAAUAACCAAAGAGAAGCAGAGCAUGGAGAAAAAGUGCACACAGCUGAACAGUCGAGUAUUGAAGCUGAGCCAGGAGCUGAAGGAGGAGCAGGAGAUGAAUCGCUGUCUAAGAGCCAAUCAGGUGCAACUGCAAGCUUGUGUGGCAGAAGAGGAAUGCAAGGCAAAAGAGAGUGGAGAGCGUAAGGAUAUAAUCAUCGCCGAACUGCAGGAGCAGCUCAGAGAUGUGAUGUUUUAUCUGGAAGCACAGCAGAAAAUUGAGCAGCUGUCAUCUGAGUCUCGCAGUGAGAUCCAGGAGGGACAGAUCAGCAUCCUGAGUGGCCCAUCAGAUGAUGCUCUGGACUCAGCAGGGGCAGGCCCCUCCACAAGCCGUGGGAGGAGAGGCCGGGGCAGGAAGAGGAAGUAGGCAGCACUUCGAACCAUCUGUCAACCUGGACAUGAGAUUUACAGCUUAUUCCUGUUGUUUUCUGAACUAUUGAAGGCAUCAUUGUGGUUCCUCAGGAAUAUUGAAGUAGGAAGAUUCAUGCUCAUUCAGAAAAACACAGUCUUUUUAACACCUCUAAUGAAUGAAAUAAGUGCAUUUGUAAGAUAUUUUCAGUUAAUAAAAAUGUUUGAGUCUGUUCAUUCCAGACUUUUUUUUAUAAAGGUAGCUUACUUAAUCACUUAUGUCAAGUUAAUAUCACAUACUUGUAACUUAAUAUUAAAGUCAGUUUGUAUUUAUGAUUUAUCAAAAUCUAAAUGUGCAACUAUUUCUUUUUCCUAGAUAAAUUUUAAGGUUUUAGAGCCAAUUUUAUUUUUGUCUUUGUAAAAAAAACUAAAGGUCCCUACGUACAGUACUCCAUCCGAAACCAAGCAGUUGAUGCGCAGUCAUGAGGUCAGACAUUUGUUUUUGCAAACACCUUUCAAAGCCCCUGAGAUACACUGCACCAAGCUCCUUGUGUACCUGCAAAUUUGUCACUUUUCUGCAAAAUUUGUUGAUUUCAAAACAAAAUGUGUCACAUUCGUGAAUCACUUCGAUCCGAAGUUUUUCUUUCGUGGGGGUCCAGAAGCGCUGGAUUUGGUACAUUUUCCCAAGCACUUGUUUCAGAAACAAGGUGGUUGUCUUCACAAUAGAAGAUCUUUGGUGGAGCGCAAGUUAUUUGGCCAUUCGCAAUCAAGAUAGACAUCCAUCUUCAUUGUGAUUGGCCAAAUGACUAGUGUCUGAGGAGGGGGGGAUCUUCACCUUGUUUUUCACAGGCUUACCACAACAGCAGGGCUGAAGUAAGGUACAGUAGUAAAUCUAUGUUGGCUUUAAAGAGCAACUACUCAGUUUUCAAAAUCUGUCCGAAUUUUUCAGAUUGCGCAAAUUAUUGUAAAAUUACGGUAAACAAUGCAGGAGCUUGAAAAAACUGUCUUCUGCAACAGACCCGGCGACUGUCGCAACACUUGUAAAACGUAUUAACACUUGGUUUUGUUGAAGUUCAGGUAAGAUGAGUUGUGUUAUUGCGUGUGUGUUGGUAGGGGUAAUUUAAAUGUCAAAAAAGUUCCAGGAAACAGGAGACAUUUAAUCUUUAGUAGCUGAGAGUUUUGGAUUUUGCUGUUUUAUUUUUGAAAACAAGAUUUCAGCUCUGACCUUUUUUUUUUUCAUUACUUUAACAUGCUUUAUGUUUUUCACUACCAGAAGUUUCACUGCUCAUAGAGAACCACUAAAUAAAACAUGUAAGGAGUGGAACAAGUUGUAUGUAUAGUUGGUCUGUUGGUUGAUUUAUCUCUGUUUUGUUACAAACUGAUGUUCAGUGUGUGGAAUAAAAAAGAGUGGUACAAUUUUCAUGUAGGAUCUCAAAUGAAGUUCACCUCAAAGACUAGAUGUAAAUCACUGCUCUAUCUUUGAAUAAAUAUAUUUUUAAAUGA